CAGUUGAGAAGGUGGAGAUUAAAGAAUGCCUCGAGCUUACUUGUUUAUGGGAGGAAGGUGCCGAGAUAGAAAACCUUGCUCGUCUUGAGAAAAUGAACAUUGGGAGCUGCCCUCUUCUUGUUUCAUUGACAGGGAAAGAACAUGGCCUUCUUCCUUUCAAUCUUAAACAUCUCACCCUUUCAAGCUGCAAGGCUUUAGAGUCAUUAACUGAUGCGAUGAUGAUGAAGGUAGAUGGAAGCAGUAGCAGCAACAACGUAUUGAGACUUGAAUCAUUAAGCAUCUACAAUUGUGAUUCUCUCAAGUGUCUACCCACCACCACGGUUAAACACUUGAUAAUUGAUGGAUGUGCAAAUUUUGAGUCUUUACCAGAUGGAGUAUUAUUACAAGAUAAUGGUGAAAGCAAAAGCAAUCUUGAAUCUUUGAGAAUAGAGGAACUUCCAUCUCUAAAUUCUGUUGGGAGUGGUCAUCUGCCAGCUUCUCUCAAGAAAUUUACUAUUGAAGGUUGCAAGAGGUUGGAAUCAUUUCAAGAGAGGCUGCUGCAACAUUGUAGGGGACUUGAAUUCAUUCGAAUCGAGGAUUGUGAAGUAUUGAGAAGCUUAUCACUUGAUGGCCUCAGCAAUCUUCGUGAUUUGCAGAUUUGGGGUUGUGCAGUUUUAGAAUUCCUCCCAGAAAUGGGCCUCUCCUUGCCCAAUCUUAGAUCUUUGAGCAUUGACGAUUGCCCACGGUUGGAGCGCAUUCCAGAUGGGGGUUUUCCCCCAAACUUCACAGAUCUUAAAUUAGUAAAUUGUCAGAAUCUCAACUUCCUACCAAAUACAAUGAAUGAGCUUACAUCGAUUCAGAUACUGAGGAUAACUGGUUGUCCAGGCAUCAAAUCCAUUCCAGAUGGGGGUUUUCCCCCAAACUUAACAGAUCUUUACUUAGACGGUAAGUAUCUGAAGCAGCCGGCAGUGGAACGGGGCCUCCGCAAUCUUACCUCUCUUCAAAGCUUUAGCAUUUAUAACACGUGUGCUCCUCUUCUGGAUAUUGUGCUUCCUUCUUCUUUAACAUAUCUACGGAUAGAAAAUGCAAAGAAUCUGAAAUCCAUACCCAGAGGGCUCCUCCAAAACCUCAACUCUCUUCAAUCUUUAUGGAUUUGGGACUGCCCAAAGCUACGGUCCUUGCCGAGGGAAGGCCUGCCUCUGUCGCUUGGAUCUCUCUCCAUCUUUAAAUGUCCGCUUCUAAAACUACAACGCUUUGAGGAGAAAGGAGAAUAUUGGUCUCUCACCCGUACCAUCCCUCACGUCCGAAUAAAUAAUGAUGAGCUAUAACCACCAAAGCCAAUUGUUACCUGAGUGAAAUCUGGAAUAAAGCUACAGACUUAUCAUUGAGACAAUUUAAGGAUAUUAAGGCGGAUGUCUGGUGUCAUGCUACCUUCUAAGUAGGAGGCAACAUUUCUGGCAGUAGCUAAGAAAUGAACAAUCCAAUAAUGUUCAUCCUUACAGGCGAUGCAAGUGUAGAGAGCACAAGACAGCUGCGUUGACCACUUCUUUGUUUAACUACGGUCUUAUUUGGGGAUUUAGUUCUGAGAUUAAUGUAAUGUGAAGACAAGAAAAGGUGCCUCUCGGUACCCAUGAUAGUCAUAGCAACAAAUUUCUCCUGUUUCAGGUUAAGACAAUUCAACUAAAAGAGGCUUGCCUUGUAAAUUUUAAAAAUCUCCAAUUAUGUGAUCCUAAGGACAUCAUUGCU